CAAAAAAUGUAGUUAGAGAUCGAGGAAGUUAGGCUUACAAGUACAGCAUCUGCCGUCCUUUAUGAUGAUUGGAUAUUAAGCUGAAAGCUGGCCCUUAGCAGGAAAAAAAAAACGAAGUGAGAGUGGUCACCAUUUGAAGCGGAUUUUUCUUAUAAAAAAAGUGAUUAUGAGUAGGUUUUUUCAUUAUGUUGGAUUUUUUCACGAGGCACUAUGACGACUCAAAUUAACGACAGAACUUUACGGAUUAUAAGCAGCUCGUACAGUAGCUUGUUUCCCCCGAGAAAUUCACCAGAAAAACCGAGCGAUAAAAAAAUUAAAAUACCGGACAAAAAGACGUUGGAACGGAUCCACAAACAAAUAUUUUCCGGGGGUGUGCGCGCGCCAACUCUGGCAGAUAUCAGCACUGGGCACAUCAGGUAUCCCAGUCGACAAGGUAAUAUGGAAUCUCCGCUUCGAUAUCAGCUAAAUAUUCACAGUAAACACAUCGGUGGAAGUAAAACGACGAUACAAAAUCUGGAAAUGGAGCGGAGCAAUGUGUCCUUGGGAAGUUUUGGAAGUUGUCCUAAAAUGUAUAAAUUCUUACUUCCGAAUGGCUGUAUGAAGUCUUCGGAAGGCGAAUCCUCUUUUGAGAAUAAGGCUGAGAAAGACGAGUGGGAGAAAUGGCGGGAUUCUGUGGCGGGUGUGAGGGACGCCCGUGAUGUUCUGUACAGGUAUUCUGUAAGCAGAGACAGGGAAAUCAGAUACAAUAGCUCCACGUUACCGCACAUCCCAAAGGAAAACAGACCCUGGACGGCGGGAGAGGAAACACAACCGAAAAUUCGUAAAAACAAUUUAGUUCUCGAUUUCUCCAAAGAGUCGAAGUCUGAUAAAACACAUAACGUUCCACAGCCUCAUCGACAAGCAGCACUCAGCAGGACCCUUCGCAGAAAAUUUUUAAAAAGUCGGGAUAACUCACCGGAAGUGAACUUUUUAGAGGUAAAACGCAUCACAGCAAAUCAAGAUAUAACUAAGGGCGAAUUUGGCCAAUGCACAACAAAUGUUCAGCAACCCAUCGAAUUUCAUGGAAUAGGAAUUACGAGAAAUCGGAUGGAACGACCAUUAAAGCAUGAAAAUCUCUACGGACGUCCCAUGUACCUUUCCUACAAACAUUAUGUACAGGUCCCGGCCAUUCCUGUUGUGGCCACAACAAAAGAGUACAAAUCAGUUGAUGCAUAUAAACAAUACGUAGAAAAUCUCCAAAACAACGUUAUUGUGGAGGGACAGAAGCCAGGAUUGCGGGAAAGAGAGAAAAGCGACCUUUCGCAAUAUGGUCAGGAGAACCGCAUUCUUCAGUCUGUUAUUAAUGUCAAUCAACCAGCUGAACCAAUCGAUUUGCAGGAAAGUCAUGACGUCAAACCUGUCGCCGAAAAUGACGCAGAGAAUCAAACGAACAGGUCGAACCUCUCUGUCAACAGAAACGAGGAGGCACACACUAAUCGGUCAAACAAAUCUAUCGUUGUGGAAAUAAAGUCCACGUGGAGGGAGAGAGAAAACACGGACGAACACAACAUCCAGGAGCAAGGUGAACCUGUCGCGGACACUUCACACCUUCAGGAUGAGGAGGAUGUUAUUAAUGAUCCCCAUUCCUCUAAGACAUAAGUCAAAAUACCAUAUUCCGUGUUUCAUGCAUGUUGAUACUUUUUUUUCAUUUUCUUAUGUGUUCUAUUCUGUAAGAUGCUAUCAUGUGAAAGUGGAAGUCUUUCGUUAGUCAGCCUUUCAAGUAUAUUUGUACAAGCAUAUUGACGGGCGGACAGUUUUCGGACACUUCUUUUCUUUGAGUCGGACAAAAAAAAAUGUCUAGGCAUCUUAAUCAAUCAAAACUUUUACAAAGUGUCUCUAUUUUUUUUUUAUUUUGCUCAUGAAAAUUUGAGAGUGUGUUUCGUAUGGAUGAAAGGCGAAUGCUUGGUUA